ACUUUAAGCAUCUUUUCCCGGGAAAUUUUAAAAUUUCAGCUAAAAUUAAAUUUCCCACUUCUCACAUUCUCACAUAUAGAACUCUUCGAAUAACAAAAUUAAGCAAAUCUAAAAAUUAAUUAAACUAUUCUCAAAACAAUAACUCUUCUGUUUAACAGCUUCAAUGGGGAACCCACCCAGAUCUCGCAAAAGGGUUCGCCCGCCUUGCCGCGCCCCCGACGGUAGCGCCUUCACCAAAUGUGAUGAAUGUGGAGGUUCUGUGGCAGUAGCAUUGAUGGACAUGCACGAGUGCAAUAUGAAGAAGGGUACUGUGAAGAAAUUGAAAGAGAAUCCUAAGCCUUCAAUUCCCAAAAAGGACAACGUUUCUGAGCAACCCGGCUCACCUUUUGUUUACUUCGUGGAAAGUUAUUCAAAAUCUUUCAAAGGUCGAGACUUGAUUGAGAUAAGUCGUGAAGCUUGUGAGAAAUGGAAGAAAAUGUCAACUACGGAGCGAUGGCCAUACAUUGCCGAGGCUCGAAAAGUGGAAAAUGCUUAUUUGAAACUCAUACAUGAAGAAGAAAUUCAAUCGUUGUCUCAAGAAGGUGAUGAUGAAGCAGAUUCUGCGAAAUGCACUCAGGAGUAUGACGACUAUGAUGACUCAGAAGACGAAGAACCUUUCAACGUGUGGAAUUGCAAAUGGUGCCCUAAUGCUCAAAGCUGUUUCUGCUAUGUGGACAACAACUUUUUUGGCUAGAUUGAUGUAGAUAGGAUUGGCUUAUCCGAUAUCAAAAGAAGCUUAUGCAUGGUCUUAGGAUUUCGGUUGGCUUAACCUACUUUCACCAAGGCAAGUCUUUUUGGCUAUUGUAUAGUCUAGGAAUUCAUGUACAGGGUUUGAUCGAUGUCUAUAUAUUUCCCUGGCUUUUGAUGUAUGCUUUAGCAAUUAGCACUAAUCAAGUACGGAGUACUACUAAAUUAGUAAUUAGUGAUUGGUAGUAGUAGUAAUUGGGUCAUUUUGUGGGUAGACUUUACUCCAAUUUUGCCCUUUUGAGGCUUUGAAUAAGUUCGGGCCCACUGUAAAUUUUUGCCUAGUACUCCAUUUUGUACUGAAAGUCUAAGCAGUGGUGUGUUGAUGUCUAUUGAAAUUUCCAAGACUGGAUCGCCACAUA